CCGAUUGAUCAAACGCGCACAUCGUCUGCUACACGACUGAACUUUGCAUUUUUCUCCUCUGACAGUUAAUUUCCCAGGCAUACCAUUUAAGAUGUCUCAAAACCAGAAAGUUACUACGACCACUUGUGUAGAAACUAAGAUGGUGAAUGGAGUCGUGGUUGAGAAUGUAACCAAAACAUGCGAAUCUACUGACGCUAACAAGGAAAGCAUUCCAAAAAAUUUUAAACAACUUAUAAAUUCAGAACCAAUUGAUAAACCAAAAAGGAGCAUUGAAGGAUCUCCUGAAGAGCAAAAGAAGGAACUUGAAAGGUCAGCUUUGGAAGCCCAUAACCGCUACCGUGCCAAACACGGUGUGCCAGAUUUGACAUUGGCUGAAGAUCUGUGUGAGAUGGCCCAGAAGUGGGCUGAUUAUUUGGCUUCCCGUAAUGUCCCACAACACAGUGAUUGCAAGGGUGUUGGGGAGAAUUUGGCCAACAAUUGGAGAUAUGAUGGUGGGCUUCUGACAGGUGAAGAAGCUACAGACAUAUGGUAUGAAGAAAUCAAAAAGUAUGAUUUUAAUGACCCUACAUUUCGUUCGGGUACAGGUCAUUUCACACAAGUGGUGUGGAAGGAAAGCAAGGAGAUGGGUAUUGGAAGAGGUCGUUCUGAAGAUGGCAGCUACUUUGUGGUGGCCAAUUACAGACCAGCCGGAAAUUUCAUGGGCCAUUUUGCAGAAAAUGUCUUCAGACCAAAGGCAUGAGAUGCAAAUUCAUAUACAUCAUCUCCUUAUUUAAAAUUGUUUGUAAGUGUGUAUAUAUAUAUAUAAUAUAUAUAUAUAUAUAUAUACAUAGAGAGAGAGAGAUAGAUAAAUAGAUAGAUAGAUAGAUAGAUAGGUACAUACAUACAUACAUACAUACAUACAUACAUGUAUAUAUAAAGGUUAAUAACAUGCUCAUAACAGAUUUCAUAAUAUUUAAAAAAAGAAUUUUUUUUAAAAA